AUGAAAUUAAAGAUGAAAAUGAAUUUGACUGAUAAAUCAUGCCUGUAUUUUAUUUUCCCUACGAGGAUAGCGAAGUUUGCCGACGUUGCAUUACCACAACCAUUGCUUUUUAAAACAAAUUAUACUUUAGUCGCAGCUCUUCUAAAUUUUGGAGGCUUAUGAUAUUGAUAGGGUUCUCAUAUUCACUUCCGAAAGCAUCUCCCUCUUUCUUGUUUUUCUUUUCUUUUUUUUUUUAUUUUCAUUUUAUUCAUACUUUAAUAAAGGAAAAUCGAAUCGCAUACUUUCUUCUCUAUAUUUAUCUUCUUCUUCAUCAUCUUCUUAUUACUUACUUUGUAGAACAAAAAAACCCUAGAUUUGUUGUUCAGGCUCAGGACCGUACAACAGAAGAGCUCAGUGAAGAUAGAGAUCGGGAGAGGAGAGCAUCAUGAAUACCGGCCCUUGGAAAGAUACAAACGACGACGUUUCAGGUCAGACUAGGACAAGACAUGAAGAAGCCGUCGUAGCCGUAGCCACUACGAAGCGGCCAGCUUCGAUUUCUUCUUCUUCUUCUUCGUCGUGGAUGAAGUCAAAGGACCCAAGGAUUGUUAGGGUUUCACGUGCCUUUGGAGGCAAAGACCGUCACAGCAAAGUGUGUACGUUGCGUGGUUUACGUGACAGACGCGUGAGAUUAUCAGUCCCCACGGCUAUCCAGCUCUAUGAUCUUCAAGAACGCCUCGGCCUUGACCAGCCUAGCAAAGCCGUUGACUGGUUGCUCAACGCAGCCAAAGAGGAGAUCGAUGAGCUUCCUCCGUUGCCCGUCUCACCGGAAACUUUUAGUCUUUUCAACCAUCAUCAGUCUUUCUUGAAUCUUGGUCAACAGCCGGGUCAAGAUCCGACCCAACUCGGUUUUAAAGUCAAUGGAUGCGCAGAAGAGUCUAGUAGCCGUGAAGAAAACAACAAUGAGAGGGGUGAAAAGGAUGUCACUUUCAGAAACAAUCAUCACAUUGGGUCUUACGGAGUCUAUGACAACAUGGAACAUCAUCAUGAACAGCAUUCGAGUUUUCAGGCAGAUUAUCACCAUCAACUACAUAGUCUUGUACCAUUUCCAUCACAAAUCUUGGUAUGUCCAAUGACGACAUUAUCAAACACAACAACAACAACAGCUACACAAUCUUUGUUUCCCUACUCGUCAUCAGCUGGUUCGUGGACUAUGGAGACAACAGAACCAAGGCGAAUGGUAAGCCAUUUUCAAAUGCCAUUAAUGGGUAGUUCUUCUUCUUCAGCAUCCCAAAACAUUUCGACUUUAUACUCAUUGUUACAUGGUAGUAGUAGUAGUAGGAACAAUGGUAGUAGUAACCGAAUGUCGUCGGUCCAACUCAACCAGACAAGUAGAGGAAGUGAUAGUCCUAUGUGAAAUUAGAUUAUGGAAAUAAUGAAAUGUUCGAUGUGUUCGCAAGAGAGGGGACACAAAACAAAAAUAAUAAGGUAGUUAAUUCUGCACUAUGAUUUCCUGAUAUAUUUAUAUACAAGUUAAACGUUAAAUCGUGGAUUCAUGAAUUAUUAUAUUAGCA